AUGAUAAACGAAUAUAUUGCCAGAAAAGUUGCUCUCAAGGAUAUGCAACCAUGCGUUAUCUGCAGUAAACCAGCCACAACAGUCCUUUACAACGCAUCUGGCCCAGAUUGGCUCUACACAUGCGAUAUACAUUUGCAAGAUAAUCCUCAAUUUGUCAUGCCCGUCUAUAGUACUGAGUAUAAUGAGGCUUUGGUUCAGUUGAAACUAGUGAAGGAAAAAUUGGAUAGACUGGCAUCAGCUCAAAACCAAUUGGGGUCCUGGGAUGGUUGGGUUACUAAAAUAUUCUCUAAGAAAGGAAAGCAGCAGAAGAACGACUCUAAAAACCCAGAUUUAGCUGCAACAGAAUCUGAUGAUAUCUCUCCGGAGGCUCGGAACGAUGCAGAGGUCUUGCUGGAAACACAGAAACGGUAUAGCAAAAUACUUGAUAACGUUACAGAAUUACAAAAGAAAAACCGAAAGUACGAACUGACAAAAAUUAUGUUCGAAAGCAGAAUAUUAAGAAAGAAAGCGGAACAACUAAACUGCGAACGAUACCGGAAAGAACAAGAGAAUUACUCAAAUACGGAUCCUGAGGAACUGCUUCGAAAACACUCGUUUCCGUCCGUCCCAAAACAGGGAAAGCAAUAG